UAACCACGGCAACUCCUCCCUCAAAAUGAAACAUCACCAACGCCCCCACUGCGUGAUCAGCGGAGGGACGGAUGCGCUGUCUGCCGCUUACCUGGCUUUAAUAAUAAACCGCCAGGUUCACGUGGUCAGCCCAGCCCAGCACAAUAUUCUGCCACUUUAGAGAGGUCGUUUCGACUGGGAGAUUUUUUUCUCUCUUUGUCAUCCCAGACGGCAGAGAUGCUGCUGCUGCUGCUCUGAGGGAGAGAGGUGAGCGCAUUCUUCACCUCCCCAACACUCACCCCACCCCUCAAUCUAAAGCUCCUCCUCUGUCGCUGGAGAGCUCAGACCGGUCACACUUUGCUCAAUGAGAGCAAGAGGGCAACGGAGACGAUUUCCUAAUUUCAACCUGCUGCAACUGCUGCUGUGCCGUGCGGCUGUUUUCUCGCCUCUUUCAAAGAGGCGAAUAUGACGACAUCAUUUGGCAAACCAGACCCUGGGAAACACCUACUGUCAAUUCAGUUAGUUUGAAACCAAACACGACAUGAUGCGUUGUCUCCGGUGAAACUUGCUCCGCCACUCUCCCCUCUUCUGCGCACCUAUUGAGAGAGAGGACACCAAAAGCUGCAUAGACAUGGGGUCAGAUCAACCCUGCAUGGAUUCUCCAGAGCCAAGACCCAUAUUGGGUCCUGCCUGUAAGCAGCUGGGCCGUCGGUGUCUGAGGAAAAAGUUCAGGCCCACACGAAUCUUGGGGUUGGCCUUCAGUCUGGUGGCCUUAAGUGCUGUCUCCUACAGUGCCUUUGCCUGGAACUCAGGAGGUGUCAGCGAGCCAGUGCUCCCCCAGGAGAGUCUCCAUCAGUUGGCCCCACACAGGACCCUACUUUUUACCCAACACCAGAGAGACCCCAACGUGUCAGCUGACAUGCCAAUAGCCAUGAAAUCUACAGCAGAUAGCAACGACAGCCAGGGGGAGUACCCACCAGACAUUUUUACCCUCUCCCAGAGGCGCCAAGGAGCAGUGGUCCUCCACAUGUUUGGCAUGAUCUACAUGUUCAUCGCGUUAGCCAUCGUGUGCGACGAGUUCUUUGUCCCGGCGCUGACAGUCAUCACAGAAAAGCUGACCAUUUCCGAUGACGUUGCGGGCGCCACCUUCAUGGCUGCGGGAGGAUCAGCUCCAGAACUCUUCACCUCCGUCAUUGGCGUUUUCAUCUCGCACAGCAAUGUGGGCAUCGGGACCAUCGUGGGCUCGGCCGUCUUCAACAUCCUCUUUGUCAUUGGGAUGUGCGCCAUCUUCUCCAAGGAGAUCCUCAACUUGACGUGGUGGCCGCUCUUCCGUGACGUAUCCUUCUAUAUCCUGGAUCUGAUCUUGCUCAUCAUCUUCUUCCUGGAUAACGUCAUCUCCAUGUGGGAAAGUAUCACGCUGCUCACGGGCUACGCCGCCUAUGUGAUCUUCAUGAAGUUCAACAGCAAUGUCGAAGGAUUUGUCAAAGAUUGCAUGAACAAGAACCAAGUGGUAGAAGUAGAGGUACAACCCAAGGAUGAGAAGGCAAGUCCUGGGGCGCCAGAGGAUGACGGCAAGUUGUCGGCGCGGCCUCGCCUUCAAAGGGGAGGUAGUUCUGCCUCGCUGCACAACAGCUUGAUGCGGAACAGCAUUUUCCAGCUGAUGAUCCACACGUUGGACCCUUUAAGUGAAGAAUUUGCUGACUCUGAGCUUGGGACUUAUGGGAAACUAAAAUAUUAUCACUCAAUGACUGAGGAAGGUAAAUUUCGAGAGAAGGCGUCUAUUCUGCACAAGAUUGCUAAAAAGAAAUGCCAAGUGGAGGAUAGUGAAAAGGCCAAUGGAGUAGCGAGUCGUUCAGAUAAGAACCUUCCUAACAGCUCCAGUGUGGAAGUGGAGGUGACCCCACCUAUGAAUGGAACAGCAGGGCAAGAGGGGGAGACGGCUGAGGAUGAAGAAGAAGAGGACCAGCCUCUGAGCCUGUCCUGGCCUGAAUCUUGCCGCAAGCGCUUCACCUACCUCCUGAUCAUGCCUAUUGUCCUUCCCCUGUGGCUAACGCUGCCUGACGUCAGGAAAACGUCAUCAAAGAAGUUCUUCCCCAUUACAUUCCUGGGUGCCAUCUGCUGGAUUGCAGGAUUCUCCUACCUAAUGGUGUGGUGGGCCCAUCAGGUUGGAGAGACCAUUGGGAUUACAGAGGAGAUUAUGGGACUGACUAUAUUAGCAGCUGGAACCUCUAUCCCUGACCUCAUCACCAGUGUUAUUGUGGCACGCAAGGGGCUGGGUGAUAUGGCUGUAUCCAGCUCUGUAGGCUCCAACAUCUUUGACAUUACUGUUGGACUGCCGCUCCCCUGGCUCCUCUGGUCCCUAUUCAAAGGCUUGAGACCGGUGCAAGUCAGCUCCAACGGCCUCUUCUGUGCAAUCGUGCUCCUCUUCCUUAUGCUCCUCUUCGUCAUCAUCUCCAUCGCCGCCUGCAAGUGGCGCAUGAGCAAGCUGCUCGGCUUCAUCAUGUUCAUGUUGUACUUCGUCUUCCUGGUGGUCAGUGUCAUGCUAGAGAACAAGGUCAUUAGCUGCCCGGUGACUAUUUAAGGACCUUUCAGGGACCUACAUCCCUCCGUCACCCUCACCACCAUAACCAUCCUAUUUGUCUGCUGUCUGUCUCACCUGACCCUUUGCGAUCCUUUACACCGGGAACAAAAGACAAAUAAGAAGAACUGUACAAGAGAUGAAUGAAAACUGUGGGAUCUCCCUUUAUUUUCAGUGAGCAGGUGGUGGUGGGGAGCGCUUAAACCAUUAAGGGACAAGACUACGGCUUGGCUGGUUUAACAUAGGCUUAACAAGAGUGGAUUUUAAAUAUGUUGUUAUUUUCACUGGCAGGUGAGUAGGGUAGAGGGUUUGGGUGGGUGGGUUAUGGGUUUAUGCCAAAUAUAGAAGUAUUAUGCAUGCCAUUAGUUUAACUAGACGAGAAAUGAAGGUAGGUUGAGAAGAAUGACCUCCUGUGAAGUUCGGGGGGAGAAACAAACAAACAUGAGAUGCACUGUUUAAAACUCUUAACAACAAAUACGGCUGAGCUCAAAUUUGUGAUCACAUUUGAAAGCACAAACUGGUUGAACUGACUGAGACGUCGUGAGUGAAUCGUGAUGUGGACGAACUAAUGAAUGAGAGAAACGGGAGCAGCGUGCGGAUGAAUGUGUUCUUCGAAACAUGUUGUUUAAUGGUCGAUGGGGACGACUCUCUUUUGAGCUUCGCGCCUGAGCAGCAAGGAGCGCGGCGAAGGACAGAUGAACUUCUAUUUUCUUAUUUCUUUCUUGCAAACUUGUCUGUGCUCAGAGUUGAAGCUUCUCCUCGCCCCCUGUCAGGGUGUCAUUUUUCACCACUGAAUGAGUCCUUUUUUCUUUUAAAUAAUUUUUUUUAAUUCAUUUUCACUAAAUGUUAGAAGUAGCAUUAGAUGAACUGUAGCAUGACAAUCUGCUCCUUUUUUUCUUCACCCAUUGAGCAAACAUUAUGAUUGUAAAGAGAUUUCCAUUUCACGUGCACCGAUGGACAAAGGCAAGAACAAACAAAAGAAAAGCCUAAAUGAAAGUUAGCUACAUAUGCUAGCCUUCGAUAUCUUGUACUGGUUAAGGGGGCGAAAACAAAAGCAUGAAUACUUAGGCUCAUUAAAGAUCCAUAAACAAAGUCAAUGUCAAGAUAAUACAUUUGAAAAUAACUUUACUGUGUUAAAGCGUCAUGAUUGAUUUAGAUUAGUCAGUGUGUAGUGCUUUGUUCACAGUAGAACUGGGCUCAAAUCACCGGCUAGUUAAGCUCCUGGGGUAGAAGUUUCAAGGAGUCAACUGCAUGUAGGGGAAAAAAAGGAAACAAAAAAAAAACAAAGCCACCUGGAGGUGAAUUAUACCAAUCAACAUUUAAGAAGUUGUAUACCGAAAUGUAUACUUUCCAGACAUGCUUCAUAACUUCUUAAUGCAAACGAGUGCUCAGUCUCUAUGUAGAAAAUGUCAACAUUGUACGGUCGACGAUAUCUAUCAAACUUGUGCAAUUUCUUUUCUAAUCAAAGGUGCUUUUGUGUGCAUGUGUGCAAUCUGCAUUUAAAGUCACGACACGAUGACGAUUCAUAGAGGUCAUACUACCCGUGUUUUGCAACUAACUGCAAAAAAAUAUAUAUAAAUAUAUACCCCGAUCUGUGUUUUAUACUGGGAAAAUAAAUCAUAAUCACGAACUCUCUUUAAGCAUAGAAUGUGGAAAUCAUCGACUCAACAGCAAUAUAGCGUGUGUCGUGUUGAAAGACACCCCUCCAUCAUGCGUCAGUGCCCUGCCCUCCCUCGCUGUCCUGUCCAGACAUAAAAAACAUACAAAAAAAAAAAAAAAAA